AGAUUACUCCAGGAAGCAAGGCAGCAGCUGCCAACCUGUGUCCUGGAGAUGUCAUCCUGGCUAUCGAUGGCUUCGGCACGGAAUCCAUGACUCAUGCUGAUGCCCAGGACAGGAUUAAAGCAGCAGCACACCAGCUGUGUCUCAAAAUUGACAGGGCAGAAACUCGCUUAUGGUCUCCACAGGUAUCUGAAGAUGGGAAAGCACAUCCUUUCAAAAUCAACUUAGAAUCAGAACCCCAGGAUGUGAACUACUUUGAACACAAGCACAAUAUUCGGCCCAAACCUUUCAUAAUCCCAGGCCGAAGCAGUGGAUGCAGUACUCCGUCCGGUGUUGACGGUGGCAGUGGACGUAGCACCCCUUCUUCUGUCAGUACUCUUAGUACUAUUUGCCCAGGUGACUUGAAAGUGGCUGCUAAGAUGGCCCCUAACAUUCCUUUGGAAAUGGAACUUCCCGGUGUGAAGAUUGUACAUGCUCAGUUUAAUACACCUAUGCAGUUGUACUCAGAUGACAAUAUUAUGGAAACACUUCAGGGUCAGGUUUCAACAGCUCUAGGGGAAACACCCACAAUGAGUGAACCCACGGCCUCGGUGCCGCCCGAGUCAGAUGUGUACCGGAUGCUCCACGACAACCGGAAUGAACCGACUCAGCCUCGCCAGUCCGGCUCCUUCCGGGUGCUCCAGGAGCUAGUCCACGACGAUGACCGUCCUGCUGGAACACGGAGUGUGAGAGCUCCAGUUACAAAAGCCCAUGGGGGCGCUGGCAGCACACAGAAGAUGCCACUCUGUGACAAAUGUGGGAGUGGCAUUGUCGGUGCGGUCGUGAAGGCACGGGACAAGUACCGGCACCCGGAGUGCUUCGUGUGUGCUGACUGCAACCUCAACCUCAAACAGAAGGGCUACUUCUUUGUGGAGGGGGAGCUGUACUGCGAAACUCAUGCAAGAGCCCGCACGAGGCCUCCAGAGGGCUACGACACAGUCACUCUUUAUCCCAAAGCUUAAGCCUCACGCCGACUGGAGCACGCACACACUCACCCUCGCGCUUACACAGGAAGACAUUAAUGGCUUUGGGCGGAAGGAUAGCAAACUGUUGGCUCCAAAUCUAAAGCCAAGGCUUUUAGACAUUUAUCUUAUUGUAUACCGAGGAAAAGGAAUGGGAGGCAAAUGUCUGUUAUAACAGAAAUACACAUUUAGCUAUAUUUUGCAACUCUUUUUCUCUUUGAGUCUAGCAAUAACUUAAUGACAAUUAAAGCAAUCAUUUUUUUUGUAUGUCAUACUCCACAGUUUACAUUUAUGUUUUGACCAUCACACAUGUAAACACCAAGAUAUUUGGGGGAGUCUAAUGUUCUUUUGUUAACAAGUUGAUUUUGCAAUUGUAGUAAACACCAACUGACAAUCUUGUAUUCUAAUACAACCUGCCAUUUUUUCUUACCUGUUCUAAUAAUAACUAUUAUAGUGCAUGUCAGGGAGAAAUGCCUUAGAUUUCUCUAGUUUCACAGUCAAACAAUUAUACCAUCAGUUGCAACAUACAUAAUAAAUACAUAAAACAUUUUAAAAAUAUCUAAUUAAGUGGCACUCAAUGAAUUCAGAAGUCAACAUUCCAAUGAGAGGACCCAAUUGUGUCUUGACAUGUACACUAGCAACUCAGGUUGUUUAAGAAAAAUACAUUUUAAGAAAAAUGUGGCUUCUUUCUUUUUUAUAACUCAGCUACUCUUUCUUAUGUGUCCACAAUUUCUGCUACUAGGAGGACAUUUAACUUUGCUAGUUAAAGGUAAUUUAGUUUCUUGCAGAUUAAAACAGUUUCUUUUGCUUUGAAA